UAACCAAACUAUCCAAAAUGCGAGUGGGACUGGGCUGUAUUGUCAUAUACAGUGUGACACUGAUUGCAAGCGGACUAGAAUGGCCAUAUGGUAAAUAUGGACUACCAAAGCCUAAAACAGGAUGCCCAGAAAACUGGUUAGCAGGAAGACGAUUCACUAAUGCUGAAGAGCUAAACUCAAACAGUCGAAAAUUUAAAGACUGGUUUCAUCUAUCUGGCUUCGUUAGCAGUCAAGGUGUUGAGCAAGAGUUUUGUACAAAGACUGGAAAUAAAGGUACUGGUACCUGGCCUUCUGGAAAAUACUGUAUACUUAGAAGUGGGCAUUGCCCAAGAGGAUUAGUAGAGGGAUAUAUUCACUGGAGAGAGAGAAAGUACACAAAUCAAAGAGACAAAAAAGCGCAAAUUCCACAUGAAAUAAAAAAAGUAGAAUAUUGCUGUAACGCUAACGGUGACGCYAAAAGACCAAUUACGCUACCYAUCAGUAAGCCGUUCUAUCUGUACGCUUACGGUAGCAGCGAGUGUCAAAUCGUAAAGGGUGCGCAAGUUAAGAAAGAGCUGGUACAUUUUGAAGUUGAUACCAAAACAUUUCACCAAGGAGAAGGAGGGGCACAUCCCUUUGAAGGUGGACUGGACACUGGUAGUCAUCGACURAUAUACUGCUAUUAUACGCCUGUUAAAACAACAAUCGUAAACCACGCCGAACAAGAAGUGGAAAAAGCUAUAUUUUCAAAUGGGCAAUUAGAUAAUAAGUCUCAGACGUCUGCCAUGGCAUUAGCAAUAGGGGUGGGGAUAGCAUGUGCUCUWCUAGGAACYGCAACCAUAGCUUUCUUUGCAAAACGUUUGAUUGGGAAAAGAGAAGACGACGACGAYGAUGAAACACCGAGACCUGAUGACUARCAACGAUUGCAACGUUGAMUUAUUGUAGGAAAUCCUACUUGGGAUUCCUGUGCUCAUAKAUAGAGGGGGAA